GGCAAGCAGCCUAUAAAGGACCGCCGCCCCGCCUCCCGGUCAGGUGACGCUGUUGCCUAGCAACAGGACGCUCUGCCGCCGCCGCCUGCAGCCGCGCAUUUGAUUGUCCAUGGCUAGUUUCCUGCCGAACCUCAAUGUCUGAAGAAAAUCCCCAAGAGUGUACCGAGCCGGUGGAACCCAAGGCUAAGCCCGCCCCAGAGAAGACGAGCGAUUACUACCAUGUGAGCGAGCAACUCCCAGACAGGUUCAACAACCCGGCGUGGUUUCGUGGCUACAGGACCGACAAAGCUAUCUCCAUGUACAGCACCAGUAACCAGACUUAUGGGAGCAGAGUACCCACGGUGCACGAGAUGCCGAAAGUAUUUUAUCCAUCUUCAAUUAAGUUUUCCAGACAACUUGCAGCUUGUGGAAUGUUCCAGAGUAAUACUUUUAAUGUCGGCCUGGAGAAGAGCAUAGUGACGGGCCCUGACAAUCUCAUCACCCAUUGUGAUCGCCUUAACUUCCACCCCAGUUACAAUGUCAACAGGCCGUCCAUCUGUGACUGA